CCUUAAGAUUAUGGCCAAGAUUUGAUUUUUGAGGUAGGUCAUUAUCAGAGACCCACAGUAGGAGAGAGGUUGCCUGCUGAACACAUUCCCACAGUUAGAGAGGGGACACGAUGGACUGACUGGAAGACCUGAUUUCUUACGCUCUUCAGAUUUCAAAAACUCCCCUCCUUCAACAUUUAGUUACAGACUUCAAAUCCAAUCAAAGCUGAACUCAUGGAUUGGAAAUUUCUCCAGGGUCUUCUCAGUGGAGUCAACAAGUACUCCACUGCCUUCGGGCGAAUCUGGCUGUCAGUGGUCUUUGUCUUCCGGGUGUUGGUCUUCGUGGUAGCUGCCGAGCGGGUCUGGGCUGACGACCAGGGACACUUUGACUGCAACACCCUCCAGCCUGGGUGCAAGAACAUCUGCUACGAUUACUUCUUCCCCAUCUCCCACAUUCGCCUCUGGGCUCUGCAGCUGAUCUUCGUCACCUGCCCUUCCUUCAUGGUCGCGCUGCACGUGGCCUACCGGAAAGAUCGGGAACGCAAAUACCAAGCAAAGCACGGUGGUGACAGGCACCUGUACGACAACCCAGGCCAAAAGCACGGCGGCCUGUGGUAUACAUACCUGAUUAGCCUCUUCAUUAAAACCACCUUUGAGAUCACGUUUCUCUACCUGCUCCACUACAUCUAUGACAGUUUCAAGCUGCCCAGGAAGGUCCAAUGUGAUGUCAGUCCCUGCCCUAAUUUGGUGGACUGCUACAUAUCCCGGCCCACUGAGAAGACCAUUUUCACCUACUUCAUGGUGGGCGCGUCCGUGUUGUGUAUUGUGCUCAACAUCUGUGAGAUUUUCUAUCUGAUAAUGUUCCGGUUGGUGACCCUCAAAAAAAGAGGCAGUGCAAAGACCUGCUCUAUGAAGGUCCGCCAUAACCUGGACUGAAAGGGCUAUAAGCUAUCUCUUAUAUUGUAGCUGGAAAACCAGUAAUGGAAAUUAAUAUUGGUAUUUAAUGCCUCUAUUUGACCAACAACAAGGGGGAUCCUUUUUCCCCAUUUAAAAAUGAUAUUUGUAUGUAUACUUUUAUAUGUAAUAUAAAUAUAUUGUAUUGACAUAAACAACCCAAAGCUCUGUAAUGAUACUAGAGGUAUUUUUUUUCCACAAGUGUAAUAAAUAUUGCCGCCUAAAAGAGUGUUUUGUACAUCAUGACGUUUUCAAUGAAAGGAAGUGCUGGAGGAUUGCCUAAUAUAAACUGACACUGUUUGUUUCCUGUAUUCCAAAAUAAAAAUAAAGUCAAACAACUGAAAUAAAGUUUUUGCAACAAAAUAAAACCACAGCAAAUCCA